GGGAGAUUUAUUUUUUCAAAAUCAAAYCUGAUCAUCUGCAAUCACGCCAAACACUAAAAGUGUGCAGCACAAGUAAGACAAAAUAUUUAUAUAAUUAGCUUCUGCCCUUGRAAACUCUCCUUUCCAGAAUGACGUCACAAGGAAAAUGAGAUUCCUCCAGAGCCCAAAACAUACUCUUGUUAUUUUGACUAAAAAGGGAAAGAUCUAGCAGAAAAUAUAGCCGGGGGUCGGGAUUAGUUUAUCGCAAUCAAUCUAUCUAUUUCAGGACUUUGUCAAUCAAUCGACUAGCAAAUCCCAAUUCAAUCAAACACUCUUUCAUUUAUACUACCACUCGAUAAAUAUGUCGAUUUUUACUAAGAUUGUCGCGCGACAACUACUGUUUUUCUUUUGUGAAGCUCAAAUCGUUGGUAAAAUCGAAGCCUGCGGAACGGUUUUAAAAAUUAGUUGCACGACAAUCCGGAAUCGCAAGUAAAGCUUUAGACGACAAGUUACUCGUUUUGAGUUAUUUUCAAGUCGUGUGCUGACCGAGAGUCGCGGAUACAGUGGGCGCAUUUGGUGACGCCUCCUAUGAACGUUUCAGAAAAUUUCUUCUUUUAAGUUUAGUAAUGAGUCAAACAUCCGCGUAGGAUCUUUUAAGACCAAUUUUAUUACAUACUUUACGUCUUAUUUGAUCUAUUGGCAGCAUUCUUUAGGGUAUAUUGUUUUUACUUUAUGAAGAAUAUUUAAAAUUCCAGCCUAAUUUCGCUUCUUAGUUCUGACGUUAUUUGACGUCAGACACUCUUCAGCAUGAUAAAUUGUGCAAACACGGACUUCAUUAUCUGAAUUUAGGACUUCUAGAAAUCAAAUAUAAAUACAGGCCUUUGGUCUCGGCAACAAGCAAUGGGUAAUCACUUUAUAUAUACCGGAACCUUGAUAUUAUGUACCAGCCAAUCAUUCGUCAGACUUUUACUCAAUUGAAAACACAAAGAACACAGUGAAUUCGUUUGACGUCUGUUGAAAUUGAUAAAAAUGUGACAUAUUUGUCUUUAAACUUGAUGGAAACAACAUUUGUUUAAACCUCUGUACUUAAUUUUACAUGAAUCAUAUGGAUUCGAUUUUAUCAAAAGUUGAGAUGAACAACAAAAACAAUGAUUUGUUCACAGUAAUUUCAUUAUUUUUUUUUACUUUCCAAGUCGUGUGCUAGAAUAAUAUGUAAAAACUAGAGUUGAAUAGACAAACUAGGUUCAUGAACAUGUUUGUUUUUUGUCUGCAUAGGACUUUUACUUAGCAAAAAAAAUGUUUGGAAGUCCUUUGAUGUCUAAAUAAUAAUAAAAAAUAAAAAAAUCAUAACAUCGUGCCGUUCUUCGGCGUUCUAUUUACACGUUAGACGAAUCUUUUGUACUUUACGUACGGUUAUGAUAACGAUUAAGGCUGCCGCGGUAUCAUAUGAAGAAUUCUGUAUGAUAUGAAGAAUUAUUGGUUGAAGUUGAGUAUGCAUGAUAUAAAGAAUUAUUGAUUGUAUCUGGAUAUGAUAUGAAGAAUUAUUGGUUUAGGUACGAUAUAUAUGAAGAAGUUGAGGCUAGGUAUGAUAUAAAGAAUUAUGCAUGAUAUGAAGAAUUAUUGGUUGAAUUUGAGGUUGAUAUUAAGAAUUAUAAAUUGCAACUGUAUAUGAUAUGAAGAAUUUUUGGAUCAACUGGAUAUAUUAUGAAACUGAAUUACACAACCCUAGGCGUACUGUGACGUCAGACUGCAACUUAAAAAAAUAUUGCACGAUGCUUGAAGUUACAUAAUCAAUAUGUCUACAAAAGGCUGAACUAAAUCGUAAUACGAGAAUCGGGCAACAACAUCCUUCAUAUUUCGUCGGAAAAAAUCUAACGUGAGACCAAGUUGUUGUCGGAAAAAAAAUGUUUUCUAGCACCGCGGAUUCAUGUAGCGUGCGCCAAUGCAACUCACUGCAUGUAUUUAAGUUUCUCCAUGCCUAACAGUGGAAAUAAUGUUUUUUGCCAUCGUAACUUGGCUCUGUGGCUACCAUCACUGAGAACCGGCUAAAAAUACAAACAGCGAGAAUGAUGAACUUUGGUCAGCGCUUUUGAAUUAGUAAAAAUACACAAUUUGUCAGUUUGCAUAAUUUAAGAGUAUUACAAAAAAAAAAAUUAUAACAGCAACAAUAAUAAUUUUUUCUUCACGAUAUUAUUUUGCUUCAAAAAUGUCCAAAAACAACCAAUCAUUUUGCUGUAAUCUCUUCCAGAGGAACUGAUAUCUAGAUAAGGCACUCUGCCGAUUUGGUCUUGCAACAUUAAAUAAUUGAACGCAGAAAGAUACUAUCGAACUCAGCUUUUGAAAUCUUCUUUUGAUGGCUAUCGGUUCUGAUAUCAAAAGUUUUUUUAAGCCAUUUCAAUCACUCGAGGGUUUGGAUCUAUAUUAUUGAGAAUUGGGCAUAGCCGCUGAAGCGAACGCCUUAGUUAUUGUUCUUGUCGCUACAUUUGAAGUACAUUCAAGUAUGUUUUCUAUAUUUGCAAUUAAGAACAAAGAAAUGGCAUUUAGCUUCAAAUUUACGAGAUUUUAAGUGGUUUGAAGCAUUGUAUUUUGGCUAUCUGUAGAAUCUUCUGAAUAUAUGUUAUUCAUUUUGCUGUUCAAAACGAAGCUAGAUUUCGUUUUAGAGACGUUUCGUGUUGAUUACAAAUUUUUCAUUUUUAGCAGCUGAUUUUAUGCGUUACAUUACUACACCCAAAAUAGCUUGUUUUUAAUCUUCACGCUCAACUCAUUGUCUGAGUGCGUUUUACAAGGCACAAAAAGCCUUAUUAAGCCAAGGAUAUUCAAUAAUAACUGAUUAUGGAGUAGAAUGGACAAUUGAAUGGAGUAUUUCUGGCCGUCUAACUAACCUAACUGGCAAUGAACACAUAGAAAUCGCUCAAUCUACCGAGGCCAAAUGUGUCGAGAAAUCUUUAGGUUAGUUGAAAAUAGCAUUCAUUAUUGAGGUCGUUUUUGAAUAACAGGAAAUUAUAAGAACAAACGUGAAUUUUCGAGAUUAAUGUAUAUUCAACAUUCUGAAGAGAACAUCUCUUUGAAUGGCUAAUCUUGCCAAGCAUGCUCAUAAUGACAAGAAAACGUGAUAUUUUCGUUUUGACUUUCAAAUUUGUCUUCAAAACGUACGUGUGUUGUGAAUUCCCCACCGCUAAAGAAUUUUUCGGUAAAUAGAUAGUUUAAACAUUUUGUCAAACAUUUUAGCCUGUCUGACACCUUUAAAUAAACUUGAUUUGAAACUUCUUCUGUAUUAAAAUGGAAACUUCAAAUGUUUCACCUUUUGGUCUUCUAUUUAUUCUCCCACCCCUAAGUAAACUUUAUUUGAUUUCCACCAAUCAAAAACAGCCAUGUAUAGUAAUUACCAUAGUCAAACACUGCUAAUUUCCUUUAAAAAAACUGAAUUUUUCUCCAUAACUGCUAAACCUUCUGGCGAAUCAAUUUGUCGUCACGUGACUUGCAGGUGCUGUCAAACUAAAGAAAGCCGCCGAGGACAGCUUAUUCGUCUUUUGGCAGCAAAGACUAAAGUCUCAUAACUCAGGCUUUUACGAAAUAAUUGGUUUAAAAUCAAGAGUUGUAGGAAUUAGCUUUAGUAAUUGUUCGUACGGCGCUAACUGGAAUUAAUUCGGGCACAGUCUCCCAUUAUUAGACGGCUGGGAAUUUUUGACUGUGUCUUUGGUAGUCAUUGGACUCUUUUUUUUUUCAAAAGAAGAAGUGUUUCCGAACAACGUGUUCAUCUUUUUUCCAAGGUUUGCUAAUGAUAUCCGUCUUUAAAGAAUUGAUACUGGGUCAAGUUGUCUAUUUUAUUCGUGAUAUUCUACCAGUUUGGAAGUGAUAUUUGAAAUUUUUCUUUGUUAAUAUACGCUGUCACAGCUAUCGCCGGUUCGUUUGCCAUCACGUCGACCGUGAAUUGGACUUGGUUUACAAAUCGGUCGGCCUUCAUUGCCAAGGAAACAAAACCAUUCGUUGGACGGUCGAACCAGGCUAUCUCAGCCAAAAUCAGUAUACAUUUAUAUCCGAUUAAUGCGAAGACUGCUUUUAGUGGUUUGGCGUUAGACUAUAUAGUCACGAGUACGUCUGAUGUGGAGAAAUUUUUAAUGUCAAAACCAAAGURAAAGAUCUCUCAAAAUGGGUUGAAAGGAUCAACGAAAAAAAAAAUCAACUGAUUCAUCUUCGGAAAUGGACGCCAAAACACCAAACGCCGGGUCGACUAAAAUUCACUCGGUUUUAUUUCAUCAACCUCUCAUCAAACCGGCUGGAUUCGCAAUUUUGCAAAAAGUUAAAAAAAGAUCUUAUUCUGUAGGCCAUUUUAUGUGAAAAUAUCCUCGUUCAAAGCCAUCAAAUCAAGUCAUGCUUGAAAGGAAAACUACGGAUGAUUCCACGACUACUGACAACGUUAUUGAACUUGGAAAACUAAAGCAAGAAAAUACUAACCAAUGYGAGGAAAAACUGGAAAUUCCUGGUUGCGCCGAAGACGACGGCAGUGAGGAAGACCUCUUAGAAAGCUUUAAACCCGUGGCAUUCUAUUUUUUAAAGCGAGAMAAAUACCCACGACUACUAUUUGUCAAGCUUGUUUCUUGGUCAUAUUUUGAACGAAUAAGUAUUUUUGUAAUCCUUUGUAACUGCGUCACKCUUGGACUCUACGAYCCAUUCGAUCCAGAUUGCUUAACACAAAGAUGUCAAAUACUGGAGAARAUAGAGCGAGCAAUCUAUGCUUUCUUUGUGGUGGAAAUGCUGUGCAAGUGGAUAGCGAUGGGGAUCUUUGGGAAACUUGGAUACUUAUCUGAUAACUGGAAUAAAYUGGAUUGUUUCAUCGUCGCGGCAGGGACAUUUGAGUUAUUUUACGAUAAAGGCAAAUACAUGACAGCCGUUCGCGCCAUUCGUGUCUUACGACCUCUACGAGCUAUCAAUCGAGUACCAAGUAUACGAAUUCUCGUCACUCUACUUCUUGACACACUACCGAUGCUUGGCAAUGUACUUGCCAUGUGUUCACUCAUCUUUAGUAUUUUUGGGAUUGUUGGAGUUCAAAUGUGGCAAGGUUUGCUAAGGAAUCGAUGCAUGCUCGAAUUGCCUGACAACAUUUCUCCACAAAGAUAUAACCUAAGCUCAUACUACACUCCAUCCAAGGGCGGCGAUUUAGUUUGUUCGCUGCCGAAGAACAACGGCAUGAAGAGAUGUACAAAAGAAUGGCUGGACCCUUACCGUAUCGACGGCCGAGAAUGCUUGUUGGAUUAUCGUUCGUAUCUUAACAUAACAUCACAAUCAAGUAACACUAAUUCCUGCGUAAAUUGGAACCAGUACUAUUCAAAAUGUGGUAACGCUGGCGAAAACCCCGACCAUGAUACCAUCUCAUUCGAUAACAUACUUAUAGCUUGGGUAGCCAUCUUUCAGGUCAUAACUCUGGAAGGAUGGUCUGAUAUCAUGUACUACAUUCAAGAUGCAAACAGUCCUUGGGAUUUUAUCUAUUUUGUAGUUUUAAUUGUGAUUGGAUCGUACUUUAUGACCAAUCUCUGUCUCGUUGUCAUAACAACACAAUUUCAAGAAACAAAGCAAAGGGAGAAUGACUUAAUGCGUCAAAGUCGGCGAAAACACGCCGCUAGCACCAGCACUAUAGCAAGCAGUCGCUUUGGACGCGAUGGAUGCUGGGUAGAAAUACUUAAGUACAUUGCGCAUGUCUUUAGAAGGACUAAGCGCCGCUGGGGAAGAACRUUAAAUAUCAAAUGCUGCCGGCCAGCAACUCAUAAAACACGUGUUAGUAAGAAACGUAAACGAAGGAAAAAGAAACUUGUUUAUCAUCACCAUCACCAUCAYCAUCAUUAUCAUCAUUUUCAUCAUCACGUCCAUUGUCCAGGACACUGUCAACACGCAGAGGGUUACUGUCCAGUCCCCGACGGCCGAUACACACCAAACACUUCUAAUGCAGACUUAAAUAGUAGCUUAUGUCAACAAGCUGAAAUACCUGUUGGUAACACUUUAACUGUUCCUGGGCAAAUUCCAGUUAAUGGUACCUUACAGGGGGAGGGAAGAGACAGUAAUGGCUACGCUGUCGAUCUUCCUGGGACGGUACCAAAUGUCUCCAUAGUUACGGGAUCUGCGUGUUCAAUACGACCUUCUUCGGCGUCUAAGGUGGCGGGAGAAAUGRUCACCACGGCAACAGCGGCUGUCAACAUCAAUGGUCAGUCUGCAUCAUCUGACGUAGCUGCACAUUCCUUCGUGUCAGCGGCAUCUCUCACUAGCGCAGCCGCAACGGCGACAGCAAGUAUUGCGGCGACGUCUGUCAUUCAAAAUGCUUGCGAAUGCGCAGUAGGACAUGCUUCUGGCGAUAAAGGUGUAGUCGCCGAGGAGUUUGAGUCCGAGUCUGUUUAUGAAGGAGAGGAGUCUGAAACCGACUAUUCUGAUGAUGAAAUGAACAAAGACAAGCAAAAAAUGACGGCGUUCUCAAAAUUUCGUCAUGCUUUGCGGGAUUGGGUGGAAGGCAAAAUGUUCAUGUACUUUAUUAUGGGAGCCAUCUUCAUCAAUACGCUUAGUAUGGGAAUUGAAUUUUACGGACAGCCUCAGGAAAUGACUGACGUGCUGGAAAUCCUGAACUACAUCUUUACUGGGAUUUUUGCACUUGAAAUGCUUGUCAAACUGAUAGCACUUGGUCUGUACGGUUAUAUCAAGGACGCCUUCAACUUGUUUGACGGUGCUAUUGUCAUUGUUAGUAUUGUUGAAUUGUUUGGUGAUGGUAACAACAACAUUUCYGUUCUGCGAUCWUUUCGCCUGCUUCGGAUCUUCAAAAUCGUUCGUUUUCUACCAGCUUUAAAACGUCAACUCCUCGUCAUGAUACACACUCUCGACAACGUUGUGACUUUUCUUGCUCUGCUUGGAAUCUUUAUAUUCACUGCAAGCAUUCUUGGUAUGAACCUUUUUGGCGGGAAAUACAGYUUUCCGAACGAUAAGGGAGUCAUGGUGAAAUCACGUGCCAACUUUGACGAUCUUUUUUGGGCGCUUGUCACCGUAUUUCAGAUAUUGACCCAGGAGGACUGGAACGUGGUCAUGGUAGAYGGCAUGCGUGCAACAGGCAAAUGGGCGGCACUUUACUUCAUUCUUCUUAUGACAAUUGGAAAUUACAUUCUCUUUAACCUGCUAGUCGCCAUAUUGGUCGAAGGAUUUGCGAACCAGCCGGACAAAAACGGAAGUACUGCAACUAUUAGACARUCAGCGGUUGUUCUUAGCAAAACAGAGUACAACCAAUUAGCAAAGAGAACSGAAUACCCAAUGGACCAAUCAGCAACCAAGUUCUAUGGYGGAAGUAAACCACGAGUGUGUAUCAGUCCCACUCCGUCAAUCUUUUAUGUCGACCAAUUGCAAUGUACUGCUUACAGUGGCUGUGUCGGUGAAAACCCGAAAAGUCCACGAAGAUCAUCGAUGCCCAAUCUUCCAAAGAAUCGCUACGCCGAUGUUACCCCGAGUAGAAGCUGUUUGUCRCCGAGUCCUUCACGAAAGAUUGGCUUUUUYCUGAAYGAUAGAAAUGAAGUAUUUAUGCACAGUCUCAAACGGUCUGAUACCCAAGARCAGAAGACUGGGAUGGAGAUCGUAGCUUCAAAUAAAAAGCAAGGAAGCAGUGCUACAGCAACUUCGUCAUCUUCUUGUUGUGCUAAGCGUGUGGAUUGGUCGUUGUAUAUCUUUUCACCAGAAAAUAGCUUCCGUAAAUGGAACGUUGCCUUGUACAAGAACAAAUGGUUCGAUCGUAUUGUUCUUGUAUUCAUAUUGCUCAAUUGUGUGGUAAUGGCAAUGGAAAACCCGUCAGUCAAGGAUGAUUCUACGGAACGACAAGCCAUUGAUAUCUGUAUGUACAUCUUCCUGGGUAUUUUUACGUUGGAAAUGCUGAUUAAGAUAAUUGCAAUGGGAUUCUGGGUAGGUGAAGGAGCGUACCUGCGCAGUGGAUGGAACGUCAUGGAUGGAUUCUUGGUCGUCAUAUCCUGGGUUGACGUCAUUGUCACGCUAUCCACUGAUAAAGAGAACCGAAUUCUGGGAGUUCUGAGAGUUUUCCGGGCACUGAGAACAUUACGGCCACUCAGAGUAAUUAGUAGAGCACCUGGCAUCAAGAUUGUGGUGGAGACCCUUAUUUCGUCUCUGAAGCCAAUUGGUAACAUUGUCCUUAUAGCAGCAACAUUCUUUAUGAUAUUCGGGAUCCUUGGAGUACAGCUCUUCAAAGGMAAGUUUUAUUACUGUGAUGGGAUAAGCUUAGAAGUGGACACAAGGCAGCAAUGUGAGGCUAACGGCGGUUCUUGGAAGAACAAAGAAUACAACUUUGACAAUUUGGCCAAGGCCUUGCUAACACUGUUCGUCUUCGCUACCAAAGAUGGUUGGGUCUCCAUAAUGCAUGAUGGGAUUGACGCUGUUGGCAUUGACAAACAGCCAAAAGAAAACUACGCCAGAGUGAACGUCCUGUAUUUCGUUGCGUUUCUGCUAUUAGCGGGYUUUGUGGUUCUCAAUAUGUUGGUUGGUGUAGUAGUUGAGAACUUCAAAAAAUGUCGAGACUUGAUUGAGAUGGAGCGAGAUGAAGAGGAGAAGCAAAGGGAAAAGGAUGAAAAGAAGAAGGAAAAGGAAUGCCGGGAAGGAGACGAAGCAAGUACUCACUACUCCCGUCAUCGUCGCUUCAUCUAUCAUACCGUCACGCAUGCGUACUUUGAUCUUGGCAUUGCUGUCACGAUUGGUCUUAACGUCAUUUGUAUGGCAUUAGAGCAUUAUGAUCAGCCYAAGGGCCUGGGAGAUUUCCUGCAGUCUGCCAACUAUGUAUUUACAGCGAUUUUUAUCUUGGAAGCCAUUUUGAAAAUCUAUGCUCUUGGAGUUAAGAGAUACUUUAGUGAUAGAUGGAACCAUUUAGAUUUGGUGAUMGUUAUUCUGUCAAUCGCUGGUAUCAUUCUGGAAGAGAUGAAUAAUGAUCUUCCCAUCAAUCCAACUAUCAUACGGGUCAUGAGAGUCUUACGUAUUGCUCGAGUUCUGAAGCUACUGAAAACGGCUGAAGGAAUUCGAAAGCUUUUAGACACCGURCUUCAAGCCCUCCCUCAGGUUGGCAAUCUUGGUAUGCUCUUCUUAUUGCUCUUCUUUAUAUUUGCUGCCUUAGGAAUUGAACUUUUCGGAGGAAUAGAUUGUAAGAACUUGGAAUGCGAAGGAAUGAACGAGCAUGCGCACUUCCAGCGAUUUGAUAUUGCUAUGCUGACGUUGUUUAGGAUUUCMACUGGGGACAACUGGAACGGCAUUCUUAAGGACACCAUCAAUAAGAAGAUGUGUGAAUCCAAUCCUGAAGUAGACUGUAACGUACUAGAACACGUUGCACCGAUCUACUUUGCCAUGUUUGUACUGGCAACACAGUUUGUUCUGCUUAACGUGGUCGUAGCAGUUCUCAUGAAGCACUUAGAGGACGCAAAAGACGACGAUAGCAGUAGUAGUGGUGCUAGGGAGUCUAUCACAUCUGGAGAAAGGGACUCAAAUUAUAAGGACUUCAACGGUGGUAGAGGAGYUGURUCCCUAGAUGUACCUCAAAUGGAGAGAGAGGUCAAGUCAUCUUCUGACGAUGACACCGAAAAUAAACAAAUCACGACCGCAGAGAUUAAUGGGAUACAAAAUGGCGGCAAUAAUGUGCCUUCAGUGGCCAUUAACGGCGAAGAUUUGAAUUCUGACUCUGAGUACAGCACAACAUCGCCAUUGCCAAGMGUUAAAUCGAAAGGAAGGAAGAUUAACAUGUUAAGCCGUUCCGUGCCGACUUUGAGGCCAGCAUUACGAACGCGUAAUCGAUCUUCAUCAGCCGCYCCAAGGAUAGCGAAAGAAGUCAGUAGAAGUGGAUCACUAGUUAAACUAAGCCCUAUUUUAGGAAGACUAUCCAARUCAAACCGGUAUGAYGACUCUGAUGAACUGGUCAGUCAUGUUAGUCCAGUUUAUGAAUUUACAGCAAUGACAAACGAGGCGUCUGAACAUGACGUCAGUCCCGAAAGGGAAAAGCCACCACUCUCGCCCAGGGCUCCUCUUUAUAAAAUGAGUCAAGAUAGUGAUUUGUACGAUAGUGCCCUGGAAGGUGAUCAUGGCGGAUCCACCGGAAGUGUUCGGCGCAUUCCCAAACUUUCCCAGGCCUCACGGCCGUCAUUGARAUCCACACAAUCGACGUCUACGUCUUCAAGUGGUGACGAUGAACGUUUUCAUCUUCCWAAGCGGUUUAAAGGCAAGCAUACCGCGUGGGGGAGYCCCWGCGUGGAGGACAAGCAACMAAAGAGUGAAUCAUCUAAGCAAUCAAGUAGCAACGAACCUCAGGUGCCAAAAAGCGCUCCUUUGGCUUCUGAUAAACGAAAAAAUGUCGACACAGUAGAAUUGACUCAUCGCAGUUUAUCAACUGGUUCAAUGCCAGAAAAGAAAAUGAAGAAACACUACAAGGAGCAAAGCUAUGUUUAAUUGAGCACGGGAAGYUCGACCAUAAUGAAUUAAUGUAUCACAGGAAGCCCCGAACUGCAUUGUGGGGUUAAACACAGGAAACCCGAGCUGCAAUGUAGAUUGAACACAGGAAACCCGGUUUGGAUGGCUUCGGUGUGUCCAUUAUUUGAUUUAAACGAUUUAGUCGUCUUUUUAGCAUUAAUUUGUGGUUUUUAGAAGGUCAGUUCAACAAAUAAUGAUGCUUUGAACGGCAUUUAGAUGAAACCUACCUUUUUGAUGUAAAAUGUUCCGUCGAAAAAAGUUAAAAUCAUAAUAUCGGAAAUGUUAUUUAAAUUUUUUAUGAAAUUUCAAAGUCAUAGGUACUAGUUUUCGAUUGUAGUUUUAAUGUUAUGGAGUCUAAACAGUUGUAUUGAAUAUCAAGAGUAUAUUUAUGUGACGUGAAAAUGGCCGUCGUCGGACACAACAAAAUCGCAGCCUUGCGGUGGAUAAUUUUAUAUUUGAGGUAUAAUUUAUUCUGAGAAAAUCUGAGAUAUUUACUGCACUCCUAGGGAAACGGAUCGUAGGACAUAAUUACGACCAAAAUAUCAAGUUCUUUUUAUCAUUAACUUACUGAGUUAAUCAAGAUAAGGCGUCAUUUUAAGUGUUUAAGACCAUUUGCAUGAUGGGUAACUUAACUACAACUACCAGAAUGCCUUGCGCAUUUUCGUUGUUAGAAAAAAUUCUCAAUCCGCGUACGUGUUUUGGAAAUUAGUAAAACAGUUGGGACUAAUAACAUAAGGAAAGAAAGUGGCCAAAGCAUUCUGGUAAUUGUAGUUAAUGAAUCCAUAACGCAAAUCGACUAUUGACUGAGAACUAUUAUUCAACGCUAGCUCCUUAUUUGGUAGCUGUAUUCCAUAUAUGGAAUUGAUUCUUUUUUUAGGUCCUACAGUAGUAAACGGAACGGAGAAAUUCAGACUUUGAACGUAUUGCCAAACGUAUUCGUUGACAUUCGUGAAUAUUWUCUCAGUCCAUACGUAAACGAUUAACGUCGAUCGGAUCUACGCUUUCUCUUGUUGGAAGCGUUUACUGGAAUCGGCGGCGAUCGAGUUAAUACUCGUUGAAGCGUGCGCCGUUAUUUUGAGCUUUCACUCAUGUUAGCGCCUUAUCAAAAGAUUAGAACAAACGCAGGAAAACCAUGAAAUAAAUUCAAACUAAAUACUAAAAAAUAGCCGCUAUUUAGAGACAAUUGUCAAUUGUCAAUUUGUCUCUAAGUAGCCGCUAUUUGUUAGUAUUUAGUUUGAUUUUAUUUCAUGGUUUUCCUGCGUUUGCUCUAACUGAUGUAGUUAUUUUAUGUUAUUGAUUCACUUGUGUUCAUGUACAUAGUGAAAUAAGCACUUUGUAGGAAAACACUGAAUUACAGGAAUUAGAUUGGGAWACCUGGAUUUUACUGACGUCAAUCCCAGAAUGCUGCAGGCGGCGUUCAUGACGUCAUUUAUGCUUGACAUGUGAAUUUUAAUUUUAAUUUUUAAAUGUAAGAGUUACUGAAGUCAAAGCCAUUGACAAUAAUGAUAAAYUUCUGUUAAUUCAUGUAGUUUAAUUAAUAUAAUUAGAAUUUCUUCAAAGGAUAUAACACUUUAAUCGAAAAAACGCGCGUGUAAGGAUCAAAAAUAU